CGGAGAUUGCGCGGCGGGUGCACGUGGCCACACUGACGGCGGUGAGUGCACAUACAUGUGGCCACAGGCCGAUAGAUAAAUUCUUUCACUCAGAGCUGGGAAGAUCUGCAGUCAGUCAGUCUCCCUACUGAGCUGUGGAGGAGAUGACGGAGCUGCAGCCAUCGGCCUUCUUCGCGGCUGCGAGGGAUCUCACUGCAGGAACCAUCGGCGGCAUGGUGGGUAUUGCAUAAAGGCGUGACGCAUCGCAUUCAUUCCGCACACUCACAGCCUCUUGAGUGUAUUCUCGUGUGUGCAUAUUUCUGCAGGCGCAGACCAUCGUGGGUCACCCCUUCCAGACGCUCAAGGUGCGGCUGCAGACACAGCCGUCCCCUCCCCGCUAUCGCAAUGGGUGGGACUGCUUCAAGAUCACCGUCAAGGAGGAGGGAUGGCGCGGCCUCUACAAGUAAAAAAGAGAGGGACACACGCCACGGCACGCAAUCAAAACAUAUGAAUGAGUCAGCCAGCCAUUAUGGGCGGGGUGGUGGUGAAUGAAUGGAAUGGCUGCAUCCAGAGGCAUCACUCCUCCGCUGCUUGGCAUUGGUCUGGUGAAUGCGGUGCUGUUCUACGCCUACGAGACGUCGAAGCGGUCGCUGCUGUUCAUGAUCAACAAGCGGCCGGACGGCGACCCUGAGGUGUGGGAGGCGGCACUGUGCGGCUCCUUCGCGGGCAUCGCAAACUCAGGUGAAUCGGCUGAAGGGACGAGUGGGCGAAAGAGUCAGGACGGUGUGCUGCACAUGUGCUGCGUGUGUAUGGUGUGGUGCGUUCGUUCAGUGGUGAGUUGUCCUGUGGAGCUGAUCAUGGUGAGGCUGCAGACGCAGUACGUCACCUCCCCCGACAAACAGCUCUACGCCGGUCAGCCUAGUGCUCACACAGAUCACAGACAGACAGACAGACAGACAGAGCCCCAACACUCUCUUCACUCUCUUCUUACAUCUGCACACACAGGUCCCAUCGACUGCGCGCGUCAGCUGGUGCAGCAGUUCGGCGUGCGUGGGCUCUACAAGGGUUUCGCCGCGACCGUGAUUCGCGAGAUCCCCAACUAUAUGUUGUUCUUCGGCAUGUACGAGAACCUCAAGAUGGUGGUGGCCAGGACCACCAAGCAGAGGCGGAGCGAACUCAGCCCUCCGGCUCUCUUCCUCUGCGGGGGGUUCGCAGGCGUCUCGGCGCAGCUGGCGCAGGUACGGACGGGACGGCGGUGGAUGGGCGUGGCGUGGGCGUGAGGAUGCAUUGAUUUCUCUCUCUCUCUUUGUUUGUUUCUCCCUCCCUCCCUCCCUCCCUGUGCGUGUCUGUUCGUUGUGUGUGUCAGCUUCCAUUCGAUCGCGUCAAGAACUACAUCCAGAUCCAGAGCGACACGAACCCGACUUACAAGGGGGUUAUCCACUGCUUUGAGCGGGUGCUCCAAAAAGAGGGACACCUGGGCUUCUACAAGGGGGUAAGCUAGCUAAGCCGGUCCGGUGGGUGGUCACGUGGAAUGGAUGGAUGGAGGGUGGGGGAUGGAUGGAUGGAUGGAUCGAUACACACGACACGCCCUUGUUUGUCGGUGGGUCACACGUGUCGUCGUGUGCGGUGUGUGUGUCAGGUGGGGCCGGUGUUGCUGCGUGCUUUUCCGGUAAGCCAAGCCAAGCCAGGGGGUGCCUGUGUCAGGGGAGGGAGGCGGCAGUGCACCACUCACUGCAUUGUACUGACUGUCCUUGGUUGUUGUCUGUCGUCGUGUCUCCUUCUUUCAGGCCAAUGCUGCGUGUUUUCUGGGGUUCGAGAUGAGUGUCAAGAUCCUUAACGCUUUCUGAUUUUGGAGGGCCCCUUGUGGACCUCCCCACUCCCCACUCCCCACUCCCUCCUGCCGGCGUGUCUGGGUGUGCGUGUACAUGAUUUUUUCACAUGGCUCUCUCUGGUUUUGAGGCAGGCCUGCCUGCUGUGGUGUGAUGUGGUGUGGUGUGGUGUGGUGUGUGGCGGCCCUCUGUGUGUAGAGAAGCUUCACUUGUAUGUGUGUGUACAGACCGACUGACUGACUGCACGG